AUGCUACCGAUCUGUCUCGGUGAGGCGACCAAGGUUUCUAACUUCCUGCUGGACGCUGCCAAAACCUAUUCAACUAGAGUGCGGCUUGGAGUGCAGACGAGCACGGGCGACCCAGAGGGAGAAGCGCUUGAGCGUGCAGGAAUUCCGGAACUGAGUCGGCGAGACAUAACAGAGGCGCUAACGGCGUUUGAGGGUGAAAUUGAUCAGAUUCCACCGAUGUAUUCAGCCCUAAAACGUGACGGUAGGCGACUCUAUCAGCUGGCCCGCGAAGGCCAGCAGGUUACCCGUGAGCCACGGCCCGUUACAAUUCACGAGUUGAGCUUGCUCGACUUUGGCGCUGACUGGCUGAAGCUAGAAGUGGUUUGUAGCAAGGGCACUUACAUAAGAGUUCUGGCCGAGGAUAUCGGUCGAGCCCUGGGCACAGUUGCUCACGCCGAGAGUCUAAGGCGCACUGCGGUGGGGCCUUUCGUGGCGAGUAAGAUCCAUACGCUCGAUCAACUUUCCGAUUGUGUCGAAGGUGGUUGGGCUAGCCUCGAUGCACUGUUAAUUUCCACUGAUGCCGCCUUAGUCAAUCUUCCGCCCAUCCGUAUUUCGGCCGAGCACACUGCCAGAGUAAAGCAUGGCAAUUCGGUAACCGUCGAGUCUGGGCAAGGCGUUGGUUUGGUGCGGAUCUACGGUGCCGACCAGCAAUUUAUGGGUGUGGGCGAGCUCACGCCGGAGUCGCAGCUGAAGACCCACCGAUUGAUUUCUCCAGACCACAACAGCGAGCCCAACGCCGGUCAAUGA